AUGAGCAUCCCCGAGUCGAUCUACGCUGGCGCCAAGCCCACGAACGCGCUCGUGACGCCGCUCCUCACGGACCUCUACCAGAUCACCAUGGCGUACGCCUACUGGAAGGUCGGCCGCCACACGGAAGACGCGACGUUCGACCUCUUCUUCCGCAAGAACCCGUUCAAGGGCGAGUUCACGGUCUUUGCUGGCCUUGAAGAGGUGCUCUUCUUCCUCAACGCGUUCAAGUUUACCGAGUCGGAUGUGGCGCACGGAGGCUGGUUCUUUGACUGGCUCCUCUCGCUCGACUGCUCCAACGUCAAGAUCUACGCGUUGAAGGAAGGCACGAUUGCGUUCCCGCGCAUCCCUGUUCUGCGCAUUGAAGGCCACCUCGGCAUCACGCAGCUCCUCGAAACGGGCCUCCUCAACCUCCUCAACUACGCCAGUUUGAUCGCGACGAACGCCGCGCGCUUCAUCAAGGCGGCCGGCAAGGACAAGACGCUCCUCGAGUUUGGCUUGCGCCGUGCGCAGGGCCCGGACGGUGGCAUCUCGGCGUCGCGCUACUCGUACAUGGCGGGCUUCCACGGCACGAGCAACGUCCUCGCGGGCAAGCUCUUUGGCAUCCCGAUCAAGGGCACGCACGCACACGCGUUCGUGCAGGCGCACCGCUCGCUCGACGACGUCAAGCAAACGAUGCUCAACGGCGUCGACUUCAAGGCGCUCACGCUCCAGUACCGCACCAAGCUCAACGCCGACAACACCAACGACGGCGAGCUUGCGGCCUUCAUCUCGUAUGCGCUCGCGUUCCCGCAGGCCUUCUUGGCGCUCGUCGACACGUACGAGACGCUCUCGUCGGGCGUGCCCAACUUUUUGGCCGUCGCCCUCGCCCUCCACGAUCUUGGCUACAAGGCGCAAGGCAUCCGCCUCGACUCGGGCGACCUUGCGUACCUCUCCAAGGAGGCGCGUCGCCUCUUCAAGGCCGCGGCGGCCAAGUUUGACCUCCCGGCAUUUGCCAACUUUAACAUUGUCGCCUCCAACGACAUCAACGAAGCGGUGCUGAACUCGCUCAACGACCAGGGCCACGAGAUCGACUCGUUUGGCAUUGGCACGCACCUCGUGACGUGCCAGGCGCAGCCUGCGCUCGGCAUGGUCUACAAGCUCGUCGAGAUUGGCGGCCAAGCGCGCAUCAAGCUCUCGCAGGAGACGUCCAAGGUGACGAUUCCCGGCAAGAAGCAGGCGUUCCGCCUCGUCGGCGCCAACGGCAGCCCGAUCCUCGACCUCAUGAUGGGCUGCAACGAGCGCGAGCCGGAGGCGGGCCAGCGCCUUCUCUGCCGCCACGCGUUCGACGAGAUGGUCCGCGUGUACGUGACGCCGUCGGCCGUGAUCCCGCUCCACUCGCUCGUGUGGGACGGCAAGAAGGGCGGUAUCCAGGGCACGCUGCCGACGAUCCAAGAGAUCCGGUCGUACGUGGCCAACCAGAUCGAGGUCAUGCGCGCCGACGUCAUGCGCCCGCUCAACGCGACGCCGUACAAGGUGUCGGUGUCGACGGACCUCUACGAAUUCACGCACUUGCUCUGGGCGCGCGAGUUCCCUGUGCGCGAACUCAACUAG